GUAGUAUUACAAGGGAACUCUGGGUGGAUAACCCCACUUAACCAUGCAGGAUCCCAGUGGGGACAAAGUUUGUAGAGCAGGUGGUGAAGAAGAAGGGGAGGAUGGACAGCACACAUCCAGAGUUCAUGACACUGAAGCUACCUUCAAUCUUACUGAAGUGGAGAGUGGCCGUGAUAACUCUCCUCAUGUAAAUCGUGCACAUGAUUUUGAUAGUCAGGCUGCCCUAGGUAGCCUCAGCUCAAGGAGUGCUAUAGAAGCAAGACUGGUAGUGGAAGAAGCAGCCAUAACUCCUCAGACUGAGCAGACACCAAUUAUCCCGGGACCUAGUGGAGAUGCUGCAACAACUGGAAGCCGACUCUUGGAAUUUUCUGUAACAGUGCCGUUCCGGACCGCCGUGGAGGCAAACAUUGCAUGCAGAACCCUGGCCUCAAAUGUCCAGCACCAGCAAGUGAUGGUUCAGCAGGAGUUCACUGUGAAUGACACUAUUCUCACUGUUAGGUGGACCACUGAAGAUCCUGUUCUCUUCCGAGCAUCCAUCAAUAACUUCCUUGACCACCUUUCACUUGUGAUGAGGACCAUCCCACGCCCAGUGUUUAUAGCUGUUGUCAAACAAGGAAGAGGAAGAAAUAAUGAAGUCUAGUAUGUUAACACCCACAACACAAGGAAAAGGCAUUUCAUAAUUUGGGAAACUAUUGUAUUGCCUUCACAUUCACUGUUUUGAUGCUAUCACACUGUAUCUAUCAGUCAGUGUUAUUGGAGGAGUGAAUAUUGAAAAAUAGGAUAAAG